AUUUCACCAACCUUUUGCCCUUUGUAUAUGUGAACUCUAAUUCCCUGAAUUCUUCGCAAUUGUCAUACUGGAUUAUAGGAAUUAAAGUCCAUACACCUGAGUUGUGUCUGCAUUGCAGAAGAGGUUAUUACAUUUUGCACCUAUUUCUGCUCUUAAUUUUGUGUGGGGCUGAUCUCCAAGCUUUUUGCACGGUAACAUUUUUUUUUAUUUCUGUCUCAUUCUGUACAGGUUGUUCCAGUUGAAGUUUACUUUCCACUGCUUAUUUGUUUAAAAAGUUAUGAGUUGUAAAGCCAGAAGAAAUUUAUCAGAAUGCAGUAUCAUACAACAUCUUGCUUUAAUUUGAUUUUCCUGCUUUCCUGCACUGUGGUAGGACUCCAUCAAGAAAAGUAUCCAAAGAGAAGCUUCUAAUCUAUGAAGGGCCAUGGGCUUUGGGUCUGCCAGCUUUCACCUCUCUUACAAACUCAAGCUAUUGAUGCUCAUUACCCUCUGCGUCUUAUUGAUAGGCUGGGCUACCUCCACUUACCUGGUGGAUAUUUUACACGAAACUCCAGCAGCAAAAGGCAUGAUUGAAAGUUUCAUGAAGCCAACCACUAUUAAGGAGGAACAGAUGGAGAAUUCAAAGAGGAAGGCCAUGCUAAUCGAGAAACUACCCACAGCAAUACCCGCCUGUCCUUUUCUGUCUCCUUAUCUCCGAGGCCCCAGCAAGCUCAUUUUCAGAGCAUCUCUCACUCUGGAAGAACUGCAAAAAGAGAAUCCUUCGGUAGCCAAAGGGCGCCAUAGGCCAAAAGAUUGCACAGCUCAGCAACGAGUGGCUAUAUUAAUUCCACACCGCAAUCGAGAGAAGCAUCUGCUGUACCUGUUGGAGAAUCUUCAUCCAUUCUUGCAGAGACAGCAGCUGGAUUAUGGCCUUUAUGUCAUCCACCAGGCUGGCAAUGCCAAGUUUAACAGAGCAAAACUUCUAAAUGUGGGAUACCUGGAGGCACUGAAAGAAGAGAACUGGGAUUGUUUUAUUUUCCAUGAUGUGGACUUGGUGCCAGAGAACGACUUCAAUAUUUAUGUAUGUGGCAGUCAGCCAAAGCAUUUGGUAGUGGGGAGAAAUAGCACAGGCUACAGGUUGCGUUACCAAGGAUACUUUGGCGGUGUAACUGCUCUGACAAGGGAACAAUUUCUGAAGGUGAAUGGAUUUUCAAACAACUACUGGGGCUGGGGAGGAGAGGACGAUGACCUUCGGAUCAGGGUUGAAAUGCAGAAAAUGAAGAUAAUCCGACCUUCCCCCAGUAUAGCCAAGUAUACUAUGAUCUUUCAUACUAGAGACCAAGGCAAUGAGGCAAAUGGCCAAAGAAUGAAUCUCUUGCGUCAGGUGUCUCGAGUAUGGAAGACCGAUGGGCUAAAUUCAUGCUCCUAUAAACUGCUUUCAAAAGAAUACAAUCUUUUAUAUACAAAUAUUACAGUGGAUUUUGGAAGGCAAACUAAGUUUUCAUAACCAUUUCUUAUGGCUAAUAAAUUUUAUUCAAAUGGACCAAAACAAAGUAAUGACUUGAGCUACAGCAGUGAAAUAUUUCAUUUUCUGUUGGUGGACACUCAACAAGUUUUUUACACAUGGAAAUUUUUUAAAACUGUUAGAUUUGUUAGUUACUCUCUUUUGAGCUAUAAGACAACGUUGAAAUUAAAGACUUUCUUUGGAUAAAAGUAAUCCUUUAUAAAGAAUUCUAUUGAACAUUUUUUUUUGAAAUGAAGAGAUAUAAGAACAAUUCAACUGUUAAUUUUUCAAUGAAACAAGAUUUUUUUUCCAGUCCAACUUUUUAAAAUGUCAUUUUUUCAGUUGAAGAACUGUUCAUCAUAUUCUAAAUGGGGUGGUACAUAAUUUCUUUUUCUUAAACAAGUAAAAAUUAAAAUUUUGAAUAAAAUUUAACCUGUU